GUGCUAGCGGGAGGUCAGAGAGCUGUGAAAGAAACCUAACUGCAAAUCAUUCAAGUAUUAUUUUACACACUGUGAGUGUGGUAGAGCAUUAUUUUACUAGAUUACUGAUUCUUUAAUAUUAUUGUUAUUUAUUUAUACUAUAUUGUUCAUAGUGGAGAUAAUUACUGGUGCUGGUCAGGAUGUCUGAUUAUAUUCUGGAAAAGAAAAGCAGCUCAACACUUCUGAGGUCUAACAUUCAAAAGCUUUCUAAGCCACUGAUGGAGAAAAGAAGACGAGCUCGCAUUAACCGCAGCCUGAGUCGACUGAAAAGCCUCCUCCUGCAGACGCUUCAUAAACACACCACACAACAUGCCAAGCUGGAGAAAGCAGAUAUUCUGGAACUGACAGUGAAACAUAUCAGAAACAUGCAACAGAAAGCUGUGCUGGCGAGUUACCGAGCAGGGUACAGCACCUGUGCACGCGAUGUGGCGCACUUCCUGGCCGGCUGUGAGUGUGUGAGCAGUGAGAUGAGGGUGCGUUUGCUUGCUCACCUGGCCAGGUGUUUAUCAGAGAUGAACAUCGUCACUCCACCAGCCACUGCAGCAUGCACAUCUUCUGCACAGCUCAGCAACUAUAAAACCAGAACCAUCCUGUUCCCAGCAGUCAUGACAAACAGUGUCUUCAGAGACAUACUGAUGAAUAACGGGAUGUUUACUCCUUUAAACUCCAGUGUGGUACAUGUAAACCUCAGAGGGCAGCUGUGGAGACCGUGGUAGUCGGGGGUCAGUAGGAAAUUUGGUCCCCGUGACAGGUUAAAGCUUUGGGCUGGAACAUUCUCAUUCUCCUGGACAUUUUUUGUUUCUUCUGGUCUCCUUGGCGAGAUACUCGUCACUACAAAAACAAAAGUCCUGACAGUUUUGUUCAGACCUGAUCCUGCUCCUCCUACCUGGGUGGAGUCAAGCCAAAAAGCCCACAAGAUGCACAACAUGGAACAACACACUUAUCCAGUCUGAAACACACAGAGUUGAUUCCACCCACUUGUUUCAAUUCCACCCAGGUAGGAGGAGCUGGAUCAGGUCCAACUCCACCCCCUGGACGUUUGGUUCUCUACUUGCCCUCGGAGUCCCUUAACCCCCCUAUUUAUAGCACACCUGGUGGUAGAAGAAACGUUAAAAAAAAAAAUGAAUAAAUUAAAAAUACCUCAAACCCUUACUGUGACUGUCAGCGUUUUCCAAGCCAGCAAUGGAGAAAUGUAGAAGAGUGACGUAACCCUGUUAUCUAAAUUUAAAUCCAGAUUUCUGUAAAGCUGCUCUGUCACAAUGUCCAUUGUUGAAGCGCAGAUAAAUAAAACUGAAUUGAGUUGAA